AAAAGAAAAAAAGAAAAAAAACUCCCAAACCCAGAGCUCCCGCUGCACUUCCUCAAACUCCAAAUAGUAUAAAAUCACACACUGACCUAGUUCAGCAGCACACGAAGAAGAAGAAGAAGACGAACAAGAAGAAGACAAACAAGACGAACAAGAAGAAGAAGACAAACAAGACGAACAAGAAGCUGAGCAGACUGUCGCCUCCAGGACUGAGCUGAACUGUUGGAGUUCUGCACUAAGGAUGUUGCGGUGUGUGUGUGUGUUGCUGCUGACGGCCUCAGCUCUGAGCCUUCAUCUGGAUGAAGCCACUGUGGACGCCCACUGGGAACAAUGGAAGAUAACCCACAGCAAAGAGUACAAUCACCUGGAUGAAGAGGGGAUCCGCAGGGCCAUCUGGGAGAAGAACCUGCGCAUGAUUGAAGCCCACAACCAGGAGGCGGAGCUGGGCAUGCACUCCUACACACUGGCCAUGAACCACCUGGGAGACAUGACGUCAGAGGAGGUGUCUGAGAAGAUGACCGGUCUGCAGGUUCCUCUGAACACUGAGCGCAGCUUCACCAUGGCUCUGGACGACACCGUGCACAACAUUCCCAAAUCUGUGGACUACCGCAAGAAGGGCAUGGUGACCCCCGUGAAGAACCAGGGCUCCUGUGGUUCCUGUUGGGCCUUCAGUUCUGCUGGGGCUCUGGAGGGUCAGUUGGCCAAACAGACCGGUCAGCUGUUGGACCUGAGUCCUCAGAACCUGGUGGACUGUGUCACAGAGAACGAUGGCUGCGGAGGCGGAUACAUGACCAACGCCUUCAGAUACGUACAAACCAACGGAGGCAUCGACUCAGAGGACGCCUACCCCUAUGUGGGACAGGACCAGCCCUGUCGGUAUAACUCCUCUGGGAUGGCGGCCCAGUGUAAAGGCUAUAAGGAGGUCCCUGUGGGGAACGAGCGUGCCCUGGCGGUGGCGCUCUACAAAGUGGGUCCAGUGUCUGUUGGCAUCGAUGCCACACUGCCGUCCUUCCAGUUCUACCAAAAAGGUGUUUACUACGAUCCCAGCUGUAACCCUGACGACAUCAAUCACGCCGUGCUGGCGGUGGGCUACGGAGUGACUGUCAAAGGGAAGAAGUACUGGAUCGUUAAGAACAGCUGGAGUGAGAGCUGGGGAAACCAGGGCUACAUCUUGAUGGCACGUAACCGUGGCAACCUGUGCGGCAUAGCUAACCUGGCCAGCUACCCCAUCAUGUGACAUGACAAGCAUGGAGCCUCAAGGACAUAAAGGAAACAACUGCUUUUCUUCGACCACACACACGAUAAGAACUGUUGGAACUGUCAGUAUUUACUACAAAUAGAACACACGCCACCUUAUACGUCACAGAUGUCAAACAUGCGGCCCGGGGGCCAAAACCGGCCCACCAAAGGGUCCAAUCUGGCCCGGGGGAUGAAUUGGUAAAGUGCAAGUUAGGGCAUCAAACUCAAAACUAAUAUCAUAAUAA